UAUCACCACACCACACACACACACACACAACAACAACCCAUAAAUCAAAACUCGUUACCCACAUUUCUUACAGUCUAUCCUAAUCCUCAUCACUCAAACCAAAGCAGAGAGAGAGCUUAGGCGGAGAAGAAGAGGAAGAGGAGGAACCAAACAUCAACAAAAAUGGCUGCUGUCUCAACAAUCUACUCAACACAAGCUCUCAACUCAACUCAUUUCCUAACCUCUUCUCCUUCUUCCUCCACCUCAAAACAAGUCUUCUUCUACCGUCGCCAUCAAUCCCAAACCAACCGUAGAUUCAACACAAUCAUCACUUGUGCUGCACAACAAACCGUCGUGAUCGGACUCGCAGCCGACUCAGGAUGCGGCAAAAGUACCUUCAUGCGGAGGCUGACCAGUGUCUUCGGUGGCGCCGCCGAGCCACCGAAAGGAGGGAACCCUGACUCCAACACACUCAUCAGUGACAUGACCACUGUGAUCUGUCUCGAUGAUUACCAUUCCUUAGACAGGACUGGUCGCAAGGAGAAAGGAGUCACUGCUUUGGACCCACGAGCCAAUGACUUUGAUCUCAUGUAUGAGCAAGUCAAAGCUCUCAAGAGCGGUAUCGCCGUCGAGAAACCUAUUUAUAAUCACGUCACUGGACUUCUUGAUGCCCCUGAGCUUAUUCAGCCUCCCAAGAUUCUCGUCAUCGAAGGUCUUCACCCAAUGUUUGAUGAGAGAGUAAGAGAAUUACUGGACUUCAGUAUCUACCUAGACAUUAGCAAUGAGGUCAAGUUCGCUUGGAAAAUCCAGAGGGACAUGGCUGAAAGAGGUCACAGUUUAGAGAGCAUCAAAGCAAGUAUCGAAGCAAGAAAGCCCGACUUCGAUGCAUUCAUUGACCCACAAAAGCAGUAUGCGGAUGCGGUGAUAGAAGUGCUUCCAACGCAGCUGAUUCCAGAUGACAAUGAAGGCAAAGUGUUGAGAGUGAGAUUGAUUAUGAAGGAAGGUGUUAAAUACUUCAGCCCGGUUUACCUUUUCGAUGAAGGCUCAACAAUCUCGUGGAUCCCUUGUGGUCGCAAACUCACCUGCUCGUACCCUGGCAUCAAGUUCAACUACGAACCUGAUACCUACUUCGACCAUGAGGUUUCGGUUUUGGAGAUGGAUGGGCAAUUCGAUAGACUAGACGAGCUGAUUUACGUGGAGAGUCAUUUGAGCAACCUCUCGACCAAAUUCUACGGUGAAGUCACUCAACAGAUGCUUAAACAUGCUGACUUCCCUGGCAGCAACAACGGGACUGGUCUUUUCCAGACCAUUGUUGGAUUGAAGAUCAGAGAUCUCUAUGAGCAGCUCAUUGCUAACAGAGCCACUGUUCCUGCAGAAGCUGCUAAAGCCUAAGAAAGCAAAAUCAAAACCCAUCGAUAAAUCCAUUCUCAGUUUCUUUCCUUCUUUCUUUAUGCCGCGGAUUUUCAUGGCGAAAAAGGACGGUCUUGCUUGGUUUGUAAUUUGUGUGGAGAUGGUCAAAAAGAAAAAAAUAUGUAAUGCAGAGAAGUUUAUAUAUAGCAGAGCAAUAAUAUUCUAGUUAAUACA